CUGUGGUGGAGUCAAGGCCGGAGCUCCCCAGGCCUCCAGCAUAGAGACGGGACCGCAUGGGCCACUUCUGCAAGACACGGGGACGGUUCCCUCAAUUGCUGAAGUACCUUGUGAAACAGAGCCUGGAGGAACCCUCAUUGGUCCUAUGGGUUGUGUUUCCCUCUCUAGCCCACCCAGAUAAUUACUGCUGCUCCUCAGCUCCCAAGAGGCAGCUCUGAUUCUCUGUCCCCGUAUAUGCCUCGUCAAUGGCUGACUGCAAAGUGAGAGGCCAAGUUUAGAUCCAAGCGCCUGCCUGAACUCUCAGAGAGCCUAGUGCUACAGGGCCGCGUGUCUCCCCGUCCUCAACCAACAGCAGCACCGACACCAAGCUGGAGCCACACUUGGGCACAGAAGGCCCUGACUUCUCUGCCAGGUCUGGCUUCAGAGAUACUGUCCUGAUUCUGCUAGGUCUCUAGUCCUUGGUCUUGAGGCCCCAGUCCCUUCUGGAUUCAAGGCAAUGUUGCCUCAAAACAAGGACCAGGUGCUGCAACAGAACACAGCAUCCCCUGGGCGCCCCCCUCAGGGCCCCUCACGACUUGUGGACUUGCCUUCAGGCAACCUACAACCUCUGCCUCCCCAGGCAUCAUUCCCUCCCUCUCACUCCCCUUGCUUCCCUCCCUCACUGUCCCACUCUCCUGUCUCCCCUUUCUACUCCUCUGACACAAAUUCUGAGUUUGUCCCACAUCCCUACUCUUCCUCCCUCCCAAGUUCCCCCACUUUCUUUCAUCAGAAUUACUUCUCUCUCUCCCUCACACACUCUUCCUCUCCCACCCACCAGCUAUACCCGUCUCUUCCUCCUACUCCGUCCUCCUCUCCCUCUCAGCUACAGAAAGCCUCUCUCCCCCAUUCCCACUGCCCAUCUCCUUCCCUCCCAGGGUACCGCCCUAGCUCUACUGUCACCUCCCCGGCCGCCAGCCUGCCUUCUCGUGGGGUUCACUCGAAGAGGCAGACAUGGCCCUGGCAUCAGUACAGGGACACCGGGUCCCCUGGGGUGGUGGGGAGAUGUGUGGCAAGUCAGAGGGACGCUGCAGAGCUCAGGGACCCAGGAGCCCUGGUCCAGGCCCUGGUGGCCCAUCUGGGGCACCGCCGCAUUGCACACGACCUGCGGCUACUGCUUUUGCAGCGCCUCUGGCUAGGCACCACUGGCCAGGCCCCAGUUGUAGAAUAUCCUAUAUGCCUGGUAUGUCUCAAGCCCCGCAGCCCCACGUGCCCCAUCCCCACGUACAAGACUGGACCCCGGCUGCUUGCCUUCCCCCAGCUACUGCCCUGUGCACAGCGCCAGGAAUCCAGACCACUCCGCCUGGGCAUUGGCUUUGGCCUCUGCCUGCCUCGGGGCCAGGCCAGGGCCUUGCAUCUGUUGCCAGAAAGAAGGCCAGAGGAAGUAGGUCCUCAGGGCAAGGCCGCUCAGGCCGGUGGGUAUCAAACCCAGGCGUCCCAGCCUCCAGCAGCUCAAGUACCGGUGGCUCAGGCGCAGGCAGAUCCAGCCCGGGGCCGCUCCUCCCAGACUGGGAGUCUCAGAUCUACAGGCCCUCAGUCACCAAACUCUAUGCACUUUCCAGGGCCUCCGCCUCAGGCACCAAAACAGGCCACUGUCUCCCUGAAGCCCAGGCCUUCCUCUGCCCCAAAGAGGCCUGCCUCUCCAGAGCCCAUUCUCCAAAAAUCGCCACUCUAGUUCCAAAGCCAAGGAGGCUCCCUGGAGCACCUCCUCCGAACCCCACUGACCCCACCAGGUCCCAGAACUCAGGGAGCCCCCGAGACUCCCUGAAGGGCUGGCUGGCGGAAAGUCAGGUGUGUUCUCCAGCCUGGAACCCUGGGAGCCCCUUAUGGAGUCUGCUCUCUCCUGGCUGAAGAGACCCCAUUCAGCGUUAGAGUAUCCAAUAAAGCCUGACCUGCA